AUACUUUGCGUUUGCUUCAAUUUUGCUUCAUCCCCAUCGGAUGGCUUAGAUUGAGUUUUAAUAUGACUCAGCGUCUCGAAGUCUGCACUCGACUACACCAUAUCUGCGCACGCUUUUCCUUUAACCGUAAAAAACCAAUUCAAAAUUUCUCCCACUUCGCGUUCUCACAAUCCUCACUGUCAAAACCUAUAAACCCUAAACCUCUUUGGCGGUAAAAGCAUAAACCAAAAAAAGAAAAAUGUUCUCUCCGGGAACAAAGAGACAGAAUUUGAACCGGAGAAAGGACCGGAAUCAAUUUCAAACGCCUUCUGAUUUACAUUCUCCGGUUACUCCACUCGCUGAGAACCGUAAAUCACAGUACGACAACAAUUACGUCCCCAAUCGGCCCAGUACUGGAACUCCUGCUCCUUGGGCAACGCGCUUAUCUGUUCUCGCUAGAAUUCCACCAGCAGGCAAAAGUGAGAAAGGGGAUGAGACAGAUCCCAUCAAGCCUGUAUUUGUUGGAGAGUUUCCCCAAGUGGUUCGUGAUGAACAGAUCAGCUUUCUUCGGAAGCAUGUUUCUGGUGAGGCAUGCAUAUCUGGUGGAAUGGAUAAGGGAACAUGUCUUUCUUGGAUUAUCUGUGGAGAUAGACUCUUUAUUUGGAAUUACUUAUCAGCUACAGAUUCCAAUAAGUGCGCUAUCCUUGAAAUUCCUUCAAAUGUUUUGGAUGAUGGAGAUACUGGUAGAAAUUCCUAUAAUGUUAGCAGUUGGUUGCUUAGCAUAGUUAAUUGGGAUAGCACUUCAAGGCAAGCAAGUAAAGUUGCACCACAUUGCAAUGCUGUUGGAAUUGUAUUGUGUAACCAAAAAACUAGAGCCAUUGUGUACUGGCCCAACAUUGUAGAAAGGGUAACUACUCCAGUUACCAAAUUUGCAUCUUCUGAUGAAUUAGUUGUGGCAUCUUCACUUUUUGAUGGGAAGACUACCCCAAACAGCCAACAAUGUAGCAGCAAGGUCAGAAGUAGUUUAGCUGGCACAGCUUCUUUCAACUCAUUGAUUACUUGUGCAGUUCCUGAUACUCAGCAGACGUGUGUUGCCCUUGCAUGUAGUUCAAAUGGUGAGCUUUGGCAGUUUUACUGUAGCCCUUCUGGCAUACACUGCAACAAAGUAUACCAUGACAUACCAAAUGUAGCAUCCCAAAGCAGUGAAAAUGGCCAACUUGCAGGAAGUAAGGGGUAUCCUAGGUCGCUAAUAUGGGGGUUUUCACUCUUUUCAGUGAAGGAACCUAAUAGUCAGUUCUUUUUACUGACUGAUCAUGAGAUACUGUGUUUUAAUAUUAAACUUGGUCCUGAUUUGAAUGUGUCAAAGCUCUGGUCACAUGAAAUUGUUGGGACUGAUGGUGAUUUGGGUAUAAAGAAGGAUUUGGCGGGUCAGAAGCGAAUCUGGCCUUUGGAUGUGCAGGUAGAUGAUCAAAAUAAAGUGAUUGUGGUUCUUGUUGCCACUUUUUGUAAGGACCGUGUUAGCAGUUCAAGCUACACACAGUAUUCUCUACUUACCAUGCAGUAUAAAUCUGGGACAAACAUCCAUUCUGAUGUACACAAUAGAGUUUUAGAGAAAAAAGCUCCCAUUCAAGUGAUUAUCCCAAAAGCUAGAGUAGAAGAUGAGGACUUCUUAUUCUCCAUGAAGCUUCGUGUUGGAGGAAAGCCUCCGGGAUCAGCAAUAAUACUUUCUGGCGAUGGAACAGCAACGGUCUCCCAUUAUCAUAGAAGCUUUACUCGCCUCUAUCAAUUUGACCUUCCUUAUGAUGCUGGAAAAGUUCUAGAUGCUUCGGUUCUUCCAGCUGCAGAUGAUGGUGAGGAUGGAGCAUGGGUUGUACUAACCGAGAAAGCUGGAAUAUGGGCAAUACCAGAAAAGGCAGUUCUACUUGGUGGAGUUGAACCACCUGAGCGAAGCUUGUCCCGUAAAGGAAGCUCAAAUGAAAGAUCUGCCCAAGAAGAGAGAAGAAACCUUAGUCUGGUAGGUAAUGUUGCUCCCAAAAGAGUUAGCUCUGAUGCAUGGGAUGCUGGAGAUAAACAGAAGGCUGCUAUGACCGGGAUAGCACGUCGAGCUGCCCGAGACGAAGAAUCUGAAGCAUUACUUGGUCAUCUUUUCCAUGAGUUUCUGUUAUCUGGGAAAGUUGAUGGUUCAUUCAAGAAGCUUCAGGAUUCUGGAGCAUUUGAAAAGGAUGGAGAAACAAGUGUUUUUGCCCGGACUAGCAAAUUUAUUGUUGACACUUUGGCUAAACACUGGACAACAACUAGAGGGGCUGAAAUUGUGUCAAUGAUUUCCACUCAACUCAGGGAUAAGCAACAGAAGCAUAACAAAUUUCUCCAGUUUCUUGCUUUAUCCAAGUGCCAUGAGGAGUUGUGUUCCAGACAGAGACUUUCUUUGCAAACAAUUUUGGAACAUGGUGAAAAACUGUCAGGAAUGAUUCAGCUAAGGGAACUUCAAAACAUGAUUAGUCAGAGCCGUUCAACUGGGGUUGGUUCCCCACAUUCUCAUUCAGAGAUUCAUACCUCAGGUGCUCUGUGGGAUCUUAUUCAAUUAGUUGGUGAGAGAGCUCGCCGUAAUACUGUUCUUCUGAUGGAUAGAGAUAAUGCUGAAGUUUUUUACAGUAAGGUUUCUGAUCUUGAGGAAGUGUUUUAUUGCCUGGACAGACAGCUACAGUAUGUAAUUAGUGUAGACCAGCCAGAUGGAAUUCAGAUCCAGAGAGCAUGUGAGCUCUCAAAUGCAUGUGUCACAGUUGUUCGCACUGCCCUACAAUAUAGAAAUGAGCAUCAUAUGUGGUAUCCACCACCUGAGGGCUUAACACCUUGGUAUUCUCAACCUAUUGCACGUAAUGGGAUGUGGACCAUUGCUUCUUUCAUGCUUCAGCUGUCAAAUGAAAAACCUAGACUUGAUAUGUCUGCAAAAUUAGAUGUGUAUGCUCAUCUAGAAGAACUGGCUGAAGUUUUGCUUGAAGCUUAUACUGGUGCACUCACAGCAAGAUUUGAGCGAGGAGAAGAGCACAAAGGUCUUUCAAAUGAAUAUUGGAACAGACGGGAUGCCCUUCUGGAGUCCCUCUAUCAACAAGUCAGAGGUUCUGGUGCAGCUGACAAUCAGGUCAUGGAUGAAUCUGCAGAAGAAAAAAAUGUAGAAAUACUCAAAAAGCUUUCCUCAAGUUUGCUGCCCAUUGCAAAACGGCAUGAAGGUUACAAAACCAUGUGGAAAAUAUGUUGUGACAUUAAUGAUUCAGAACUGCUUAGAAGUCUUAUGCAUGAAAGCAUGGGACCUACUGGAGGUUUCUGUCAAUUUGUGUUUAAGCAACUGUAUGAGAAGAGGCAACUCUCCAAGCUUCUGCGGCUUGGAGAAGAGUUCCCAGAAGAGCUAUCUGUUUUUGUUAAGUAUCAUCGGGAUCUCCUGUGGGUUCAUGAAGUGUUUCUUCAUCAAUUUUCUGCUGCAUCUGAAACUCUUCACGUGUUAGCUCUUUCUGACAAUGAGGACUCUGUUUCAGCAACUGAAGAUGAUGAAGACACUGACUGUUUUGCUUUUGAGCCAACAUUGUCAGACAGAAGGCGUUUUUUGAAUCUUUCGAAGAUAGCUGCCAUGGCAGCAGGUAAAGAUGAUGAUUCUGUGACAAAAGUAAAACGCAUUGAAGCUGAUUCAAAAAUUUUGAAACUGCAGGAAAAAAUCAUAGAAAUUCUUCCCGCUGAUGAAGUGAAGCAAUAUAUUGGAGGUUCACUCUUUCGUCCAGAAGAGCUAAUAGAGCUGUGCCUUAAAAGUGAAAACCCCGAGCUUGCAUUGCAAGCAUUUGAUGUGUUUGCCUGUACCAGUUCCUCAUUUCGUAAGAGCCACCGGAACCUUUUGGAGGAAUGUUGGAAGAAUGCUGCCAAUCUGGACGAUUGGGUGCAACUCUAUCAAGCGUCAAUAGCAGAAGGAUGGAGUGAAGGGGAAACAUUGCAACAACUGAGGGACACACUGCUGUUCCAGGCAUCAAGUAGGUGUUAUGGACCUGAUGCAGAAACUAUCGAUGAAGGAUUUGACGAAGUGUUGCCAUUGAGACAGGAAAACAUGGAAGUUCUAACAUUGAAGGAUAUGAGUUCUUCUGUAGAAGCAAUAUUGAUGCAGCAUAAGGAUUUCCCAUACGCAGGUAAGCUAAUGCUGACUGCUAUAAUGCUAGGUAGUGUAAAGGUUGAUGUCGAAGAUUGAGAGGGCUCUUCACCAAUGGAAUGACAUAAUCUCAUUGUGCUCACUGAUUAAUCUUGUUGGUUCAUGAUAAGAUUAAAUUGUACUUAACAUGAUUUUCUAUCUCGGUGACUUCUGUAAUCACUUGUCAAUAUUUUCUACCUUGGUGUAUUGACCUUCCGAACA